GAUGAGUUAUAUAUGUGCCACCGGCUUCCCGCUCAGUGUGUGCAAGUAACUGAUGCAAUUCAGCGGACUUUCAUUGGAAGUACUUGCUGACUACGGACCUCGGCGCUUAAGAUGUUUCCAGAAUCUACCACAGGGUCCUGUUAUGAGGAGUGCAAGAGCACAGCAGAGUGGCUUCUGGCUCAAAUGGAAGUGCGCCCCCUAUUGGGCAUUGUGUGCGGUUCCGGUCUCGGCGGCCUGGCGGAGAUGUUGAAGGAUCAGGUGGUCUUCAGAUAUGAGGACAUCCCCAAUUUCCCUCAGAGCACCGUGCGUGGACAUGCAGGACGGCUUGUGUUUGGGACCUUGAAAGGCAAGCCUUGUGUCUGCAUGCAGGGCAGAUUCCAUCUGUAUGAAGGAUACCCUGUCCAGAAGACCACACUGCCCAUGAGGAUCUUCAAGCUCUUGGGGGUGGAAAUGGUGAUCCUGACCAAUGCAGCUGGGGGAUUGAAUGAGGACUACAAGGUGGGGGACAUCAUGAUCAUCAAGGACCAUAUCAACAUGCCAGGCUUUGCUGGGGUCAACCCGCUGGCAGGGCAAAACGACGAGCGGUUCGGAGUGCGAUUCCCUUGCAUGUCAGAUGCAUAUGACCGGGACCUGAGACAGCUGGCACAGGACGUGGGCGAGGAACUCGGUUACAAGGACUUCCUGCGUGAAGGAGUCUACUGCGUGCUGGGUGGACCCUCCUUCGAGACCAUUGCAGAAUGCCGCAUGCUGUACAGACUGGGGGCGGAUGCUGUCGGAAUGAGCACAGUCCAUGAGGUGAUUGUGGCCCGCCACUGCGGCAUGCGUGUCUUUGCCCUGUCGCUGAUCACCAACAAGGCGGUGAUGGACUACAACAGUGAGGAGAAGGCCAACCAUGAGGAAGUGCUGCAGACUGGGAAGCAACGGGCCGAGCAGCUGGAAGAGCUGGUCUCCACCAUGGUGGCCCGCAUCGAACACAACAACAACUCUGUGUGAAGGGUACAAUGGGGGUUCUGGCUGCCAUGGCUGUUGGCACCAUUACGUUGUACACUGCUGUAUUACUGCUCUUGGUUAUGUCUGAAUCACC